AAAACAAGCAGGCAGAGGAGAGAGAGAGACGAGACGGGCACAGUUUACCUCCACAUCACAAGAUCAUAUUUUGAGUGCGGAAAUUUCACGCCCUGUCGGGUCGUGUUACCGUGGGAGACGGCUGUGGACACUCACGGGAGGAAACAAUAGGAUGCAGUGUAGAUUUGGCUAGUGACUGGUCUGCAGGCUCUCCACUUCUCUCGUCCCUGGAGUCAGGCAGUUUGGAGGGGGGGCAGAUUCCUGCGUUCCCCAUCUCUCAGUCUGUGUCGGUUUGUUUGGAAAGAAAAACUACUGCCUGCCAUUGGAGUACACAACUCGUCCUCGCUGGUGUUGCUUGGAUCAGCACAGCUCAUCUCCUGACUGAGGAGAGCGCAGCAGCUGCACAAGAUUCUACCAUCUGAUCCCUCCUGAUCCCACCCACACUGCCCCAUCACCAUGGUGCUGUCACAACGGCAACGAGAUGAACUAAAUCGAGCAAUAGCGGAUUAUCUACGUUCCAAUGGAUAUGAAGAGGCAUAUUCAACUUUCAAGAAGGAGGCGGAAUUAGAUAAUAAUGAAGAGUUGGAUAAGAAGUACGCCGGCCUUUUGGAAAAGAAAUGGACCUCAGUCAUCAGAUUACAAAAGAAGGUGAUGGAACUUGAAUCCAAACUGAAUGAAGCUAAGGAAGAGAUCACUUUGGGCGGGCCCGUAACACAGAAGCGAGACCCCAAAGAGUGGAUCCCGCGCCCGCCAGAAAGGUACGCGCUGAGUGGCCACCGCAGUCCAGUCACCCGUGUCAUCUUUCACCCAGUCUUCAGCGUCAUGGUGUCUGCCUCAGAGGAUGCAACAAUAAAGGUGUGGGACUACGAAACAGGAGACUUUGAACGCACACUGAAAGGCCACACAGAUUCCGUGCAGGACAUCUCUUUUGACCAGACCGGCAAACUGCUAGCAUCCUGCUCUGCAGACAUGACUAUCAAGCUGUGGGAUUUCCAAGGAUUUGAGUGCAUCAGGACCAUGCAUGGACAUGAUCACAAUGUUUCGUCUGUAGCCAUCAUGCCCAAUGGAGAUCACAUCGUUUCUGCCUCGAGGGACAAAACCAUAAAAAUGUGGGAGGUGGCAACUGGCUACUGUGUGAAGACCUUCACUGGCCACAGGGAGUGGGUCCGUAUGGUGCGGCCCAACCAGGACGGCACACUGAUUGCCAGCAGCUCCAAUGACCAAACAGUGCGUGUGUGGGCCGUGGCAUCCAAAGAGUGCAAGGCUGAGCUGCGGGAGCACGAACAUGUGGUGGAGUGUAUCUCCUGGGCACCAGAGAGCGCCCACCCCACCAUCCAAGAAGCCACAGGCUCUGAGUCCAAGAAGAGUGGUAAGCCAGGCCCCUUUCUGCUGUCUGGCUCCAGAGACAAGACCAUCAAGAUGUGGGAUGUUAGCAUUGGCAUGUGCCUUAUGACUCUGGUUGGCCAUGACAACUGGGUGCGUGGUAUCCUCUUUCACCCUGGAGGAAAGUUCAUUGUGAGUUGUGCGGAUGAUAAGACCUUAAGGAUCUGGGACUACAAGAACAAACGCUGCAUGAAAACCCUGUGUGCCCACGAACACUUUGUUACCUCUCUGGAUUUCCACAAGGCCGCUCCCUACGUGGUCACUGGGAGUGUAGAUCAAACAUUAAAAGUCUGGGAGUGCCGCUGAUUUGGACCUUGGAGGAUUGGACCAACACCCCCAUUUACCCAGAUGCUCCUCUGGUUCCAACCUCUCCUUCGACCAUCCCACUUCCCCUUUCAUCCCCCCUCCCCCCCCCCCUCACCUAACCUAAACCUCACCCACACAUCAUCAUCAUCAUCAUCAUCAUCUCCUUCCUCCGGCUGCACUUACCACGAUGGUUAUCUUUCCAUCGCUCUCUCUGGUCCAAUAAAUAUUGUCCAUCUAUGUAAAUUAUUCCUGGAUGUAGAUCGAGCUACUAAAUGUUACACAAAAAAGUAUUCUUGCAUGGUAAUCCAAAAUUGUAUACUGUAAAUUUACAUAACGUCUAGAAGUACCAUAGGUUUACCACGAGGCUGGCCGUCUGUCACGCAGCCUUACCAACCAACCGAAGGCAGAUGUUUUUUGACUGGGUGUAAAAUGUAGGGCACUAAAAACCGAUAAUUUAAGAGAUGACAGUGUCUUUAUGUGUAAGAUUUAUUUUUGUCUAUUUUUUUAUUUAGGAUUUUGUUUUCUGUUUUUUUUUCUCUCCUUCACUGUCGUAGUCUGUUGGUGCCUAGCUUGGUGAAACGUUCGAGAGAUAAGGAAGGAAAAAAGCAUAUAUAUGAUGCGAUAAGAUACAAUUGUCUGUGGGGCUGUUUUCAAAUAAUCUGUAGCUUUAUAACAUCACUUCUCAAGUGUGCGUACCAUUUCUUUUCAUGUGGACUAGGAAAUAUUUUAAUGGCUGUAUAUACGAAUGUUUCAAACGUUUGUCCUUGGACCUUGGGGCUUAAAAACAGCUUUGUACUCUUGUCAUGGUGGCACAUGAGCCACUGAUAGGCUUUAGAUAAAUGAUCCCAUCUAAUGAAUCUGCAACAAAAAGAAAAGGUACCAAUCUUAAAAAGUUGCUUUUGUGAAUUCUCUCACUUGAGUGUUUUCCAAAAGAAGUCCAAAUGUACACAGCAAGUUUGUUUGGCUACCGCCGUGAGUGUGCGCACUGGGUUACAGUGGCAUCUGAGCAGAGUUCGGGGAUUACACCUGUGUAAUCUUGAGCACUUGAUAAAGACCUUCGUUGUGUCUCCUUUUAGGAGAUGAAUCCCUGUGACCUUGCAUGUCAGACUUUCAUUGAACUGAGGCACCUCAACCUACUUCUAGUACUCUUAUCUUAUCUCUUAUCCGGGCAGUCUUGGCACAGCUUGGUUAACUAUAGGAACUAUAUGGGGUCAGAAGAUGCAGAUGAAGGCCUCAAACAGAAGCCACUGGUGGAAAGCAACCUGCUACAAGGAAAACGUAAAGGCAUGAUGAGGAGUCAAAGUGAGCCCCCUGGGUUUGAUAUCUGGGAUGUGCAAAAGAUCUCUAAUUUCUGAGGGUAUACAAAUGGUUUUGAAUAGAAAAAUUCAGUUUUCUGUGAAAAUAUGAAAUGUAAAUUAAACUUGUUAUUAAGAGAUUUGGCAAUUUUGUAUCAUCGCACUAAAGGAUGAACUGGAUGGGAAUUAAGGUAUAGUGAGGAAAUGCUAGCAGCAGACACGUUAAGUGAUCUGUUGAUGGUGUAAAGUCUGUAGAGGGGUCUGAUACUAAGGAUGCUCCUCACUGUUGAAAGAGGACAGGAGCAGUUCCUGGAUCAGAUAUGCAGGAGAAUGCUUAAAAAAAAAACCUGAGCAGAGACUCUUUACAGAGAAGAAUCCAUCUGCAGCCCACAUCACAUGUAUGCAACAACUUCAGAGUGGCUUUCCUCAAAAUUUUAGCUUUUGAUCUUUGUGGAGAGACUGGAAAAUUACUGUAAACCAGUGCAUACUGUAGAAACAACCAUUCCACGCCCUGUGGAGGACAAAAUACAUGAAACAUCUUUCUUCUAACUGUAGCUGAUAAGGUGAUUCAUUAAUCUUGCACAUCCCUCUUUUUACUAAAUCUUUGGCCCUUGAUUGGUCCAAAGACAACAUUAAAAUUUAAUGCUGUUGAUAAAUGCAUAAACUUAUAAUUUCUAAUUAGCCCUUUCAUUCCAAUGCAGUUGUUGGCUAAUAAAGAAUUCCACUGCUUAAACUGAUCUUAUCUUCGCUUCUUUGCCAUGUUUUUCCUCUUCCUGUGUGUAUUGGAUGUGAUGAUCUGCUGCUCAAGCUCCUGUUAGUGGCUAAUGUGAGCCUGAUGUGACCUGUUGAUGUGGCACUGCUGCAUGUAAACCUGCACCAGAGGCAGAGCUGUCAGAACAGUAUUAGUUAAAAAGCUUGAAUAUUGGAGACUGUCCAUCACAGACCAAUUAGUUUGAAUAAUGUCUCUGUGUACCGUAAGUACUUAAACUAUUUGAGAAAUAUGGUAAAAUUGAUACAUGUCUCGUAUUUUGAGCACAUGGCCUUUAAGCUUAGCCAAGCAUAAAGAUUGGAAACAGCUAGCCUGUUCCCCUGCAACGUAGCAAAUCUGCUAACUUGCUAAAAACAAGUUUCCUGAUUAACAGCUACAAUCUCAUGUUUAAUCUGUUAAAAAAUAAAAUAUGAAAUGAAACUGCGCCAUUUUUUGACAGUAUUUAUUGUCAACUGCAACCUUUAACUCAUUGGACUGUCACUGAUUGGCUGGCAAUGGAAGUAAAAAGAUGUAGUUUUAUUUUUGUUUAUUUACCUUUUAAUGCCAUUGUAAAGAAUUAAGCUCAAAUGGAAAGCUUGACAUUUAUUAUUAAAGUUAUUCCGUCUCUAAAAUACAAGUCUCUGAAUUGAGCAUUUUCUUAGCACCGUCUUAGCUUUAAAAAAUGAGUUUCAACACCUGUAUGUAGCCUCUUGUUAUUCUGAACGAAUGAAACAAUGCUAGAAAUGUACACCUGUUUUUAAGUAAAACUGAUGCUAGCAAAAGAUGCAUAUUUAUCAUGAAAGCAUUACAGUUUUUUGGGCAAACUGGUGAACCCAACUCGGUAAGAAAGUGAACAAGCAUAGGGUAUUUUCAUUUCCCUAAACAGUCUUUUACAAUGUGUCUUCUUUGGUCGCCUGGCUAGCUGAGUUCAGACAGCUCUGUUCAAUGGUUGCAGAAAGGCUGGUUUUGUUGAUUGUGUGAUGCAAUUUGAAGGAGGCGUAUAUGCUCCUUCUUCUGUAACAUUAACGGGAUUGUGGCAGACUGGGAUGUCCCAAAGGAGAACCUCUUUCUUUCUUUCAGGGAAUCAAACUAAUGUCUCCUUUUUGGGUGUGCCCACUUAAAGGUCUUUUUUGUUUUUUCAUUAAGCUGUUGUCUCUGUCCUUACUUCCAAGGAAGACUUAAGGUGGAAAACCAGCUUUUUUUGUAUUACAAUUUGGCACAGCUAAUGAAGAUGCCAAUUUGUUCAAUGUUCUAGCUAAAGCCAAAAAAAAAAGGAGACAUUCCUCUGUACAAUCUGGUUUAGCUUGAUGAGUCAGCCUCUUUCUUUAGGUCCAACACUGUUUGGCCAACUUUGAAAAAUGAUUCUUGUCUCCUCAGGAUCACGCUAUGACAUGCCAGACCAUAAAAUGUAAAUUGAACACUACUUCCUUGUUUUUAUUCAAGGAACGUGGUUAAUCAAGGGUCAGGACGAUGUGUGUUCUGUUUCUUUUGUAAGAAUCGAUGGAAAAAGCUACAACACAGCUGCUGGUGUUGUAAGCAAGUGUGUGCCCUGUGGAAGAAAAAAAAAUCCCCUUUUGCCAUUCGCAGGUCCCAAGCAAUCCCUAUGCUACAUAGGUCGGGUGUGUGAAGGGACUGACAGACAAGUUUUGGCUGUCUGUUGUUGUUGUUUUUUAACCUCGGCCUAAAGACCACCACACUUUAUCUGUCCAUGAACCACAUUCGAGGGCUUCAGACUGCACAACACAGGAGAGCUCAUUGUUUUCACCACUAUGGUCUCACUCUUCACUCAGCAAACUGUUAACAAUAUACCUGGAUGUCAUUAUUGUUUGCGAUAUAAUAAAAGAUGAAAAUCUG